AUGAGCGAGCGCCUCGCCGCCAUCUUGGUGCUGCUCUUCGUCGUCGGCGCGUCUGCACAGGAUGUCGCCGACAAUUCUACUCAAAUUCUCAUUGUAGGUCUUUUUUGUCAUCGUAACCCUUUUCAUCAAAACUCAAGCAUGAGUUUAAAAUUUUUUCGACUUUCUGAGCCACCUAAACGGCUAAAAACCAGUUAUUUCAGCAAGCGGUAGCUCCGACACCCUGGAACCAACGCGACGACGACUUCCAAGACGCCGAGUAUCUUCGGAAUGCGCGUAGAACUUCCGGCAGACGAUCCAUUCGGCUACGAGUCUGUCGUAGUCGUUAUCGCCGUAUUUUGAGCUUCGAGUUGCAGCAAACACGGCGUUUGCAUUGUGACACCCGACGAAAAGUUCAAGGUGGUCAUCUACGGCAACCACCUCGACAAAAUCGGACAGCUCAUCUUCACCUACACCAACAACUGCAGCGAAGGCACCCGUCUCGUCGACGCCACCAAUGAUUUCGUCGUCCACUUCAAUCACAAGGUUUUCGAUCUAAAUCUUGGCCUCUACUAGCAUUUUUUCAGGCCACCUUCCAUUUGAUUCUGCCUUUGCUUCCAGAGAAAGUUCAUGCCUACAAGAUGUGUGUGAAACCAAAAGCUAUCGCCGGAGUUCCGCCGAUGUCCGAAAUUUAUCCUGUGGGUUUUUUUUUCCAGAUUCACUCAACAGGGAGUUCAUUAUAGAGCGAAUUUAGUCUUGUUCCAUGAGUUCGCCCAAAAAAUGUGACGAUUGAGAGAACAGUCCCUUGUAUUCUCUAUCAUGUAAAUUUUCAGCUGUGAAUUGAGAAAGAAAGGAAAUUAAUUGAUAGUCUGAUUUUUGCAUGUAAACCGAGAAUUGCAGCUGGAUGACGUCUCCACAUGGUUGACAACGGAGCGACCCCCAAAGGAGUACUUUUUGCCGCUUCCUCUACAGGUCUCAAAUAUCUUUCUCUCUAUUAUUGUCAUGGACUGAGACUCCAGAUCAUGUGCAUCGUCUUCUUGUUGCUGCUCUCCGCCCUGUUCUCAGGUCUCACCCUCGGGCUGAUGUCUUUGACUCCUCAGGAGCUCGAACUCGUCAUCAAAUCUGGCUCAAGGAAAGAACGCAGGUGCGCUGAGAAGAUUCUUCCUAUUCGGCGGAAAGGUAUGAUCUUUUUUUGUGUUUUCUAAAAAAGCAAAUGAACAGGAAAUCUUCUGUUAUGUGCACUUUUGCUGGGAAACGUCAUUGUCAACUCGGCUAUUUCUAUUCUGAUGGGAGAGCUGACGACUGGAAUCUACGCCCUCAUUGGCUCAACUCUUGGCAUCGUCAUAUUUGGAGAGAUUUUACCACAAAGUAUCUGCGUCAAGUGAGAUUCCUUCUGUCCUUAUCAAUUAGAGCCUUCUUCUGUUCCGCUGUAAUAUUCUUUUCAACGAAUUUUUUUCAGAAAAGGCCUCGAAGUUGGCGCUCACACGAUCGCCAUCACUCAGAUGUUCAUUUUUCUCACAUUUAUCAUCGCGUAUCCCGUUUCAAAGCUUCUCGACUGUCUUCUUGGCGACGAAUAUGUUGGAAGCAAAAAAAGUUUCAAUGACAAAAAUGGAAAGUUUGCAGCAAGCCUACGAUAGAAAACGGUUGAUGGAGCUGAUCAAAAUGUCGAUAAAAGACGACAACGGAGUGUCGAAUGAGCUGAAAAUUGCCGUUGGAGCUAUGGAAAUCGCCGACAAAGUCGUCUCAGACGUCAUGACUAGAAUCAAUGUCGGUAAUCCUAAUAUAUGGGUGUCUUAUAGUUAGUUUAAAAAAGGUCACUUCACUUAGGAAUGUAGAGAAAAUUAAGAUAUCGCUUUAAAGAUUUUAUUUUUCUAUCUCUCAAAACCUCUCAAACAAGUUUUAGAGAGAAAAAGGUUACGUAUUUUCUUAAUUCAUGCUUAUUUUUUUGGGAUUUUCAGGACGUGUUCAUGCUGCCCGACACAACGAUUCUGAACGCACGGACGGUGAUGCAGAUCGUGAAGAUGGGGUACACGCGGAUCCCCGUCUACACUGCCGGCGACAAGAACAACGUCACCGACUUGCUUUUCGUCAAAGUGAGCUGAAAAAAGAGAAACUGACCGAGUUUCUGGCAGGACCUGGCGCUGCUCGAUCCAGACGACAACUUCACUGUGAAGACGGUCUGUGGCUACCACAAACAUCCCGUCAAAUUCGUGAUGAACGACACGCCACUGCCUUGCCUACUCGAGGCGUUCAAGAAAGGCGACGGACAUCUGGCCAUGGUCAAGAGACUCGUCAACAGCAGCGAGCACGACCCUGCCUACGAACUCGUCGGCGUCGUCACUCUUGAAGACAUCGUCGAAGAAAUUCUCCAGGUUUCUUCCACCUUAUGAACACAAUUUACCCCUCAUAAGGUUUCGCCAAAACGACCUUUGAGUUUAACCAUUUCACAAAACAAAAAAAGACUUUUUAGAUUGGAUCUACACAUAACUCCGAGGUUAAAUUUAUUUUUUUUAGAAUUACUGUUUCUUAGUUUUUGCUUUCGGUUACCGGUUAACUCCCAGCUUUUUUUUUAGUUAGAUAAUAAUUCAGAGGAUCAUCGAAAUUUUCUCAUCUUUUUAUUGCAGGCUGAAAUCAACGACGAAUUUGACAUCGUCACUGACAAUGUGAGCAAAGCGAAAAUCAAGAAAGAACAGGUGAGCUGUCCAAAAAGAUAUGUUCAAAAAAACAUCAAUUUUUUUGGUAAAAAAAUUAGAAGAGUAAAAAAAUGGAAGAACUAUGUAUGAGAUUAAAUUAAGAACAACUAGAAUACCAUAAUGUUUCUCCAGAACCGCGACCUCACAAAAUACUUCCCCGACCACGAAGCGCCACAAGUCAGCAUUUCCAUGCAGGUUCUUUACAAAAAUGAGAAUCCGGAAAAGUUUCGAUUUUCAGAUCCAAAUGGUAGCGCUACAGUGGCUGGUGGCCAAUGAACCGGCUUUCUCGUCCGUCUACAUCGACAGAAACGUCCUCGAGCGUCUAAUCCGGAACAGCGCGAAAAGAGUAACGUCUUAAUUCUUGGCUGGAUCUACAUAAAGAGGCUCAGGUCGAUGUUUCGGCUCUGAUGGCUAUGGGCGACGACGCGGUCAACAUUCCGAGGUUGGCGCGGCUCUACACCAAAGAUGAGCCGAGCGACCGCUAUAUUCUCAUUUUAGAAGGCCGCGUUCAAGUCACCAUCGGACAGGUUGAUUGCAGAAGCAAUUUAAAUAAGAAAAGAGGGUUGUGCAGGGCGGGAUGAACUUCGAAGCUGGUCCUUGGCACCAUUUCGGCAGCGAAGUUAUGAAAAAACUGGUGGAAGGCGCGUCAACCUUAAGUCGAAGUACAUCCAUAGUCGGUAAGUUGACCGCGUGCAAAUACAGAUCAGUUCAAAAACAAUCAGACUCAGGACCAUGUCUAAAAAGGUCCUAUAGGAAAAUCUUCUAAACUUCUUUAGCUGUCUGUUUCUGAAAUGAAUAUUAAAUCGGAUCCAGGCACGUCAGACCUGUCGGCGCGACGGCCAGAUCUCAUGUUCAAGCCGGACUACGGGGCGAUAAUCAAGGACGAAUGCACCUACCUAGAGAUUUCCGUCGCCGCCUACAUAAAUGCCUAUAAGUCGACGUUGAUGCAGCGAGAAAAAGGGUAAUCUAUUUCCCACAAGAACUUUUCAAACCGAAUUUCAGGAAAGAAGAAUCGCCUUAUAACUCAAGACCAUCCAGUCCGUACUCCAGAAGCGAUUUGUCUCUAGCCACUACUGAGGUUGCCGUUUUUAGUUACCAAAAAAGGAAACGAAAAGUUUCAGCCUGUCCCCAUUACGGAUCCGACAGCGAUGCUCGUUCCAGAAAACGCUCGAAGACUCUCAAUGAGUUCAGUGGAAGCCGUCCAAUUGCUUGCGCAGGCAAUCCAAAACAGUCCGCCUUUGGCGGAAGAGGUCUCAUUUCACCCUCAGAUCAAUGUUGAGCGAGAAUAUUCAGGAAGAAAUGUCGCUUUUGGCAAACAACACGGCCAAGGGCGAGCUUUAG